AUGCUGACUGCUUCGGACCAGGUUCGCAAGAACUUCCCGUGUGUCGCCAGUGCGACAAGUCUGGCCGAUACUGUGACAGAUCGCAAAGGCCUGCCCAGUUUGCUAUUUGAGCAUUACAUCCGGUUCCUGGCACCGUGGUAUGAUCUCAGUGACUCUGCCUUGACGUUUGGCAUUGCAGUCCCUGCACUCGCCCUCGAUGAACCCUUGCUUUUCUCAGCCGCUAUUGCACUCUCUGCUAUGCACAUGUGCAGAGUCAGUGGCAAAAAGCUACGGAAAAUAGCCGAGUCGUAUCAUCAUCGGUGUGUCCGAUUGCUCAUCGCCCUUAACCGCGAGGAUGAACACGUCUUCACAGGCAAAGCCCUUGCGGCCAUUUGUCUAUUGCGGUCUUAUGAAAUUCUUGACGGCGAUACGGAUCCCAACGUGCAUCUUCGGGGUGCUUACUCAAUGGUGUCUCACCAAAAUGCCCUCGAUUUACGGACUAAAAGCCUUCUCACUGCUGGGUUCUGGAAUUACCUGCGCGAGGACAUCACAUUCAGUCUUUUCGAGCAGUGUCCCCUCAAAAUGGACCUGGAUCCAUUGGCACUUAUCACGUCACACGAAACAGACCCAGACUACCUGAACUCCAUCUCCUUGAUACUCGGCAAGAUCAUCAACAUCGCCUUCCAGCGCCCGCUCACAGAAGAAGAAUGGGAAACCGCCUUCUCCAUGACCCAUAAAUGGAUCAAAGCGCGGCCGGACCGAUUGGGUCCCUUCUCUCGGCGGCCCGCGAUUGUGGGCACACCGAACCCACUGCCAUGCCUCUACUUUCUCCACGAAUCACACGGCUCAACGAUGCAUUACUACCUUGUCACGCUGACCAUCCUCGCGCUCCAUCUGCCCGAUGCCCAGCGACUGGACAGUCUGAAAGCCAUCGAUGCCUUCCCCAGAGACAACGCCCCGCAAACCAAGCAGCAAUUCCUGCAUAACAUCGCACUCGACAUCUGCGGCAUUGCUUUUUCGUCCAAGAUCCCCACCGUCCUCGUCAAUGCCUUCGGGCCGAUGGCCUACUGUGCUCGAUUCAUCAAUGACGAACCAGCCCGCCAGGAGCUAAAACGCCAGUUGCUUGCAUGCAAGAAGACGAUUGGCUGGCCUGUGGAACGGCUUGGCCGACGAACCUUUGCAACGGUUGGCACUCUCUGUAUGCCUACCGUUGUUAAGCCAUCCUUGUCUGAGAUCCGCAACCAGCGUCUUGAUGAGAGAAACCUAGAGACUGCCGUCCGGGCUCUAUAUGAAGAUGGACUUGUCGUCAUUGAAAAUGCCGUUCAACGUGAGAAACUUGAUGCCCUGAACAAAAAAAUGGUCGACGAUACCAGAACUCUUCAGUCGCUUGGUGAUAAGAGCCCAUUCAAUUACAACAAGGGCAACUUGCAGCAAGAUGCCCCUCCGGUCGCUAAGUACUUCUUCCCAGAGGUUUUCACCAAUCCCUUGGCCACUCAAGUCACCACAGCCGUCCUAGGGCCACGACCCAAGUGGACCUUUUGCUCAGCCAACUCAGCCGUAGGCAAAACUCCCGAGAUCGAACCUCAGCGACAGCCUGUACACUCGGACGCAGAUUUCGCCCAUCCACCAAACCCGUUUGCCUUGGUGGUCAAUGUUCCUUUAGUCACCACGAAACCCGAGAACGGCUCCACCGAGCUCUGGCUGGGAACACACACACCUUACGGCAUCGAAGCCCAAGAGGGCGCACACGGAGACCGUGCCAGCGGCCGGAUCCAAGAGCACCUUCUAAGGGAGAGAGAGAAGAUCUCACCACCUGUGCAGCCAACAAUCAACAAGGGGAGCGUCGUCAUCCGCGACCUGAGAUUGUGGCACGCAGGAAUGCCCAACCACACCCCUGACACCAGGGUUAUGCUAGCUAUGAUUCACUUUGCCCCGUGGUAUAGAAACCCCAUGAGGCUAGAGUUAGCCGAGGAUGUUAGGCCCAUUGUUGAGCAGUUGGAGCGAGAUGGCAAGCUGGGAUUGCAAGUGCCUGUGCAUUGGAAGCCUACCGAGGAGAUUUUGAGGACGUAUUUGGGUCGGGGGUUUGGAAACAGCUACGAUUUCAACCAGGCGCCCUGA